AUGAAUGUCCGAAGAGCUAUCGAUUUCGGUUUAGAGAAGCUAGGUUUCUUAUCUAUAAAAAAUAACCAACGCAAAGUUGUUGAGGCAUAUCUAAAUAAACUGGAUGUCUUGAUGGUUAGUCCUACUGGGUCAGGCAAAAGUCUGACAUUUCAAAUUAGUCCAUUUGCCCUUGACUAUAUAAAACAUGGCGAACGAACCCAACAAGACGAUAUCCAGACAGUUUGCCUUGUGAUCGCUCCUUUGGUGUCACUCAUGAAGGACCAGGUUGCUAUUCUGCGUGAAAAACAAGUCAAAGCAGUCAUGAUUGGCCCUGAAAGCACAACGGAAGAAAAUGAAAAGGCUAAGAAAGGCCAAUACAACCUCGUCUUUGCAAGUCCUGAAGCAGUAUUCAAAAGCCAUCGUAGUACAAUACUCGCGUUGAAAGACAAUAUAGCAGCAGUAUUUAUAGAUGAAGGUCACUGCAUUGUAAAGUGGGGACAUGGAAAUAAUGUAGAAGAAGCCUUUCGAAAAGAUUAUUCACGUCUUGCAGAAUUGAGAUCAAUCUUAAAGAGGAAUACGCCAUUCAUUGUAUUGACUGCAACAGCUACACAAACUGUCAGGAAUUUUAUCAUAAAGGAUUUAGCAAUGAAAGACUGUGUCCAGCUUAUAACCAUACCAAAUAAAAAUAACAUUAGAUUCUCUGUGUCUGAGGUCGACUCCAAUGAUCUUUCAAAAUCAUUCCAGUGGCCGAUAGAUGAGCUAAAAACAAAAAAGGUUAAUACGCAGAAAGUCCUGAUAUUUUGUAGAAAGAGAUCCCAUGUUAAGGAUUUGUAUGAAGCAUUUCUUGAGGCACUUGGACAAGAGUCUUAUGUUUUGCCCACAGGGCAAGAAUCUAUAGAUGAUCGAACAAGACUUUUCGCCAUGUACCACAAAAAGACCAACCACCUAGUUAAAACUGUAGUGGAGAGAGAAUUUUGCAAAUUCAGUGGGACAGUUUGA